UCUCCUCAGAAAUUCGAACCCUAUAAUUUACUCUGUAAAUCCCUUUUCGUCAGUUAAUGUGUAAUUUCGAGGAUCUCCAAUCAGACAUUUUACUAGACAUUAUCACUCGUUUACCAAUCGAAUCGAUUCUAGACUCCAAAUUAGUUUGCAAACCAUUGCGGAAUCUGGUUUCUCAUCAUCCAAAGUUCUCUCAAUUGCAUUUAGAUCGUCUUAAUCAAUUGGCUGAUUCUGGUGAGUUAAGUUUUAUUCUUUUGAUUGAUAAUCAAGAUCUUUACUAUUUUGAGUACAUUGAGAAACAUGAUGAUAAUCAAGAUCUUUACUAUUUUGAGUACAUUGAGAAACAUGAUGAGAAGAAACCACCUGUUCACAGUAUUAAAAGGAUCAAUGUCACCCUUCCGCUUGAAUUUUCUUAUUAUAAGGUUCUUGGUUCGUUUAAUGGUUUAGUCUGUCUUUAUGGAUGGAAAGACACAGAUAAUGAUUGUACUGCUUGUAUUUGUAACCCCAUGACCAGAGAAUAUGUCGAGCUUCCAAAAAUUAACUCAAUUGAGAGAGAUUGUGAUGAUAUGUGUAUUCAUCUUUCUGCCGGAUUUGGGUACCUGCCUUUAACUAAUGAGUAUAAAGUUGUUGAAUUGUAUAAAUUAAGGGGAGAAUUUGAUUUUAUAGAGGUUGCGGUAUACACUCUUGGAGGCGGAAAUGGGUGGAGAAAUGUUGGUAGGAUUCAUUUUCAAUCUUCGGAGAAGUACAGUCAAUAUGGUGUCUUUGCGAAUGGAGCGCUGCAUUGGGUGGAUGAAAUAGUAGGAACGGUUUUGGUUUUUGAUUUGACUGAGGAAACGUUCAGUGGAUAUGUUUCACCACCUCCUAUGCCAGCAAACAGUAUAUGGGAUUAUUCUGUAGGAGUUCUGGGUAGGGUUUUAUAUUGUACUGUCGAGUAUAACGAUCUAAUAAUCAGAGGAUGCAGUUAUUCUGAAUUAUGGAGACUGACUGCGAAGAACGAUAUUCAUGGCAUAAUAGAGCAGGUGGAGCAAGAGCCAUUGGGUUGGACCAAAGAGGUAUUAUGUUUUCCAAGAAAAAUGCAAUUAGCCUUUACCAAGAGUGGCGGCCCUUUAUGUUUCGAUGAUAGGUCUUUCGACAUUUACGAUUCAAUAGCUUCAACCUUGAAAGAACUUAUUGUGGGUUUGAGUGCAGGUAAUCAAAUAUUUCCUCACAAGAACACCUUAGUUUCCUUGAAAGAAUUAGGAGAAGAUACGAAAAUAAUGGAAAACAGAAAACCAGAUAGCAAGAUACGAAUAUUCCUGGGUACACUUAUUAACCGUUUGAUGCCCAAGAUAACCAAAUUUGGAAUAGUCUAGAAGGACCUGCAGGGAGCUUGAGCAGGCAGAAGCUCUACUUUUCUUGAAGUUGUAGAGUGGAUCCUUCAUAUGCAGCUAUUUCAUGUCAGCAUAAAAAGGGCUAUAGAAGCCAUGACUUAUAUUUUUGGAACUGUUAAAGUUAGAACUUCAAGAAUGGCAGUGUUUUAUGUUUCAAUGAUAGGUCUCUCGGCAUUUACGAUGCAGUAAUUCCAACCUCAAAAGAGCUUGUGGGUUUUAAUGCAGUUAGUCAAAUAUUUCCCCGCAAGAACACCUUAGUUUCGUUGAAAGAAUUAGGAGACGAAGAUGUAAAAAUAAUUAAAAUAUUGAAAGACAGAAAGCAUAAGAUCCCUGGAUACACUUAUUAACCGGUAAUCUUCGCUGAGCUUCUGAAGUAUUAUUAUAGUUAUUUAUAUGGGUUUAACCUUAAGAUUGCAUUAACAUUUUAACAUUUACCUAAAUGAGUAUGAUAUGAAGCUUACUGCUUGUUUGUUUUAUGUCA